GUUCUGAAUAGGUUGCAAACUCCGCCAGCAUCGUCAUUCGUCAUUGAUCCGCAUCGAUCAGCAGCAUCGACCAGAAGAGAGAAGACUAUGAACCAUGAAGAGAAAGUCAGAAGACAUCGCUUCUUACUUUAAGAAGAAAAUUAGCGCAGGAGGAGAGAGAGAGCCGACGGUUGAGCAGAGGCAUAGUGAUGAGGAGAUGGAGGAGGAAGAUGAGGGGGAGGAGCAGACAGAGCAGCAUGAGCAUGCUGGAGAGGGACAGUUAGCAGAGAGCACAGAGGCGAGGCAGGGGUCAGCAGCAGGUGUUCGAUCUGCUCCUGGACCAACAGAUAUCUCGCAGUCAAGAGCAGAACAGCCAAAACAGCCACAUCUGCAAAACUUCCCGCGAACCCAUCAAGGGGACAGAAGACGGUGUUUUUCAAAAGACUGGUACAGCAAACAUAAAUGGCUGGAAUAUUCUCAAAGUAAGGACUCUGCCUUCUGUUAUGCCUGUCGCCAUUUCAGUCUCCCCAACUCAGGGGAUUCGGCGUUUACAUCUGAAGAGGGUUUUAAAAAUUGGAAAAAGGCAACCUUCAAAGAUGGGGGACUUUUAGGCCAUGCUAAAUCCGAAGUACAUACUAAUGCAAUGUUAGCAUGGGCCGAAUAUCAAAAGUCUACAGAAAGCAUGUCCUCUCUCUCAGCCUCCUUAAAUGCUGAAUAUAACAAGUUAGUGAGGGAAAACCGAGAAUACAUAAAAAUUGUCGGGGAAACCCUGCUCCUCACUGCUACACAAAACAUCGCACAAAGAGCACAUAAAGAAUCAGAGGGUGAGAAUAAAGGAAAUUUUCUCUCCAUCAUGGAGCUGAUGGCCAAACACAAUCCCAUGGUAAAAAAAAAAAAGGCAGGUCAAAGAAACGCAACGUACCUUGGGCAUGAGACCCAAAAUGAAAUUCUUGAUUGUCUUGCUGAAAUGGUCCGCACCUCAAUAACUACCGAAGUAGCCCAAAGUGAGGCUUUUAGUAUUUUGGUUGACGAGACCAAAGACAUGAGCAAGAAGGAACAGAUGUCCUUUGUAAUAAGAUACUAUGACAAUGGGUCAGUAUGUGAAAGCUUCCUUGCCUUUGAGGCAGCACAGCGCCUGGAUGCUGCAGCACUUUCACAGAAAAUAGUACAAAUUUUGCAGAACCAUGGCCUUGACUACAAAAACCAUCUAGUAGGGCAAGCAUAUGACGGAGCCUCAGUCAUGAGCGGAAAGAACACAGAUUUUAAGUGGCCCCACCUGGCCACCCCUAUGAAAAAUUUCUGCAGGCGCCACUGCAUCCACCAUGGCCUCCCACUUAGCGAGCAGAUCUAG